GGAGCUUUAACCUCCGCCAGUCGAUCUCCAUUUUGCAUAUAUGGAGGAAUUGAACACUGGAGACACUUUUGUCCAUUCUAGUGACAGAGAGAGCACAGAACUAGAAUUCUAACCUUGUGUCACUGCCUAUGGAGCAAGGGACGGUCUUAGAUAGAUAGUUUCUGUGAUCCGUACGACUCUCAAGAAAAAAACAGUAAUGAAGGUGUGCAAAGGUUUCCUCAAGCCUGACGAAGUAUAAAGAUAGAAAAGGUCUUGACUGCAAGACCCACCCAUUAAACAUAGAUAAUAGUUGGCCUUAAUGAUUCGAAAGUACCGAAUAGAAGGUUCAUCAUACAACGAAUAUUAAAAAUUACUCUAGGAAUAAUAGAUUGAUCUUUUUAAGAAGCUCACAUGAAUAGAAAGGUUUGACCCACAACCAAAUCAAUAUGUGAGCCGAAUCGAGCUGUUCUGUCAAAAUUGAAACUUGAACUAAUUAAUGGUUCUAUAGUUUACAAUCUGUCUGGAAUCUACAAUUAAAAGGUCUGAAAAUUAAAUUCAAGACUGGCAAGGAGAAACAAUUUAGAUACUGCUCCUUCUAAUCAAAAUUCCCAUAUUUUGCUGCUCCCUGUAACCACAACAUCAGAAAAUGAAAAAAUGCCGGUUCCUAAUCGAACCGGAAAAAGACCAGCCUGGGGUCACCUCUAGGUUCUAGCAUUAGUUCUUUGUACAAAUCUGGCAAAGACGGGGCUGGCCUUUCUAUUGGAUAUAGUGAUUUUCUGUGUUUGGUAGUAUAGAAAAUAAAAUGUUCUUGAGUUAAGAUAUCAUAAGCAAGUUUCUUGAGUUAAGAUAUCGUAAGCAAUAAUGACUACCUUUUUUCCCGCCACAUUGCUUCCUUGUAUUUCGAAACCUCAAUUUUCAUUUCCUCAGUUGGAAAUAAAAACACCCAAUUCCAUCUUCACUUGCUCCUCUUCUAAACCGGUACAUAACAACAACAAUCUACAAAACCCAAAACCAAAUGUAACCCGUUACUCUACCAUAUCAAACGAAGACACCCUUCUCUUCAAUGACUGGCCUGAGCUCAUAAAAAUCUCAAUUGGCUCCAGAGAUUUCUUGCUGGGUCAAGCAGUUCAUUCCUAUUUGGUGAAGGCAGGUUCUCAAGAUGAUACAUUUAAAGGCAAUAAUGUUCUUAAUCUUUAUGUAAAAUUCAAUAGAUUAGAUUUGGCACAGAAGGUGUUCGAUCGAAUGCGUACUAGAAACACUAUUACUUGGACUUCACUCAUAAAGGGGUACUUAGAGGAUAAUGAUUUUCAAUCUGCGUUUAGUUUUGCGGGUGAUAUGCAUAAAUUUGGAGAGAACUUCAAUGAGCAUACUUGCACUGUGAUUUUACAAGCAUGUAGCUCGCCGGAUGAUCGAAUAUUGGGGGAGCAGAUUCAUUGUUUUGUUAUAAAAUCUGGGUUUGAUGAAAAUGUUUUUGUCGGUACUUCUUUGAUCGCUAUGUAUACAAAAAGUGGAUUCUUCGAUGUUGCCGAGAAAGUGUUUGAUAGCAUGGGUUUUAAAGAUAUUAGGUGUUUAAAUUUCAUGAUUUUGGAAUAUGGGAGGGCUGGAAAUGGAGGGAAGGCUAUUGAGGUUUUCAAAAACCUGCUAAAUGAUGGUUUUGAGCCAACUGAUUAUACAUUCACUAACAUAAUCAGCACAUGCAAUGGAGAUUUAGGUGUAGAGGAAGGUAAGCAAUUACAGGGGCUUGCUUUUAAGUAUGGUUUUCUGAGCGAAACUUCAGUUGGAAAUGCAAUUAUUACUAUGUAUGGGAACAGUGGAAUGCCUAAGGAGGCUGAGAGAAUGUUUUCUUCAAUGAGCGAGAAGAAUUUGAUUUCAUGGACUGCACUUAUAUCAGGCUACAGUAGAAGUGGCUAUGGCAAAAAAGCUGUUGAUGCAUUCUUGGGAUUGCAUGACGAGCUCGGUAUCAACUUUGACUCUACUUUGUUAACUGCCAUUCUUGAUUGCUGCUCAGACUGCAACAAUUUGGAACUGGGACUUCAAAUCCAUGGAUUUGUGAUGAAGCUUGGUUGUGCAUGUGAUGUUAAUGUCGCUACUGCUUUAGUAGAUUUAUAUGCCAAAUGUGAGAAGCUGCAGUCUGCAAGAAUAGUUUUUGAUCAUCUUUCAAAUAAGGGUAUUGCUUCUUUCAAUGCCAUUCUGGCAGGAUUUUUAGAAAGCAGUGGAGAUGAAGAGGAUCCCAUGAUUUUGUUUAAUCAGCUGAGAUUAGCCGGUGUUAAACCAGAUAUGGUGACCUUUUCAAGACUCCUUAGUUUAUUGGCUAAUCAAGCUUCAUUAGAAAAAGGGAGAAGUUUUCAUGCUUACACUGUUAAGACAGGAUUUGAUACUAAUAUCUCUGUAGCUAAUUCUGUGAUUAGUAUGUAUGCUAAAUGUGGAAGCAUUGAAGAUGCUCAUCAAAUGUUCAACAUUAUGAAUUGUCGUGAUUCUAUAUCUUGGAAUGCCUUGAUAUCUGCUUAUGCUCUUCAUGGUCAAGCCCAAAAGUCCCUGUUUCUAUUUGAAGAAAUGAAGAGAAAAGGAUUUGAUCCAGAUGAGUUCACAAUAUUAGCUAUUCUGCAAGCAUGCACUUAUUCUGGUCUAUGGAAAGAUGGAAUAUGCUUAUUCAAUUUAAUGGAACCAAAAUAUGGUAUUAAGCCAUUACUAGAGCACUAUGCUUGUAUGGCUGAUCUUUUGGGUCGCGCUGGCUACUUGUCUGAGGCAAUGGAUAUAAUUAAGAGGAGCCCUUUUCCAAAGUCAACCCUGCUUUGGAGAACUUUGGUUAACGUGUGUAAGUUACAUGGCAAUUUAAAUUUUGGCAAGUUGGCUUCAAAACAUUUGCUUGAUUUGUCACCUGUUGAGGCUGGAUCUUACAUACUUGUUUCAAAUAUGUACGCAAGUGAAAAAAUGUCAGAUGAGGCAGCAAAGGUUCGAAAAGUUAUGAAUGACUUGAAGUUUAGGAAAGAAGCAGGCAGUAGCUGGAUUGAGAUAGAUAAUAAGGUGCACCAUUUUGUGGCAAGUGAUAAGGAUCAUCCAGAAAGUAGAGAAAUUUAUACGAGAUUGGAGCUAUUAACAGAUGAGAUGAAAUGGAGCUGAAAUAGAGCUGAUCUUCAUCUAAUUCAGGAACUUGUAUAUUUACAAGAGAGAUAUAUCUGUGCUGCAAAGUUCUUGCAUUUCAUAGGCAAGCAGCUGUUUGGUUUGGCAUUUGCUCUUCAAGGACCCUGAAAAAAUGCAGUGAUGACUUGUGGGCAACUGCUCAAGUUAUAGACAACGACAAAUGAAGGAAUUUUCUCAAUGAUUUCUAUUGAAGAUAGCAUAAAUUAAGGAGCUACACUGCCCAAUACUGUCUUACUUAUGUGCAUUAUUAGUCACUGGGAGAUAGUGAGCAGGUACCGAGAAUUCAAAUUGGUAAAUGUCAAUUAAAGAAAAUCCCGAUCCGACCUUUUUCUUCCAUAUCAGGAGACAAUGAGGUCACAAAUCACGGUUGUGUUAAAUACUGGUAACAUGUGUUUCACUGUUUAUAACUUUAUUGGUCUUUGUAAUUUUGUUACUGAAGGUGACAUUUGCAUAUGGAAGUGCUUUCAUGCUUGUAAAGUUUUCCCAAGGACGAUCUCAGAGAUUUAUUUAUGUUCCACUGAAGCUUAGCAGAUGUCCAAGUCUAACUAUGCCUAUAACCGACUCCAAUACUCAUUUAACAGUACAUUGUCUGAAAACAGAGCUACAGAACAAUACUUUGAAUAACAAGUGAAAGAAUAUUCAGUGAGCCACCAGGGGAAGCUCAGGUGAACUGCGCCGGUGCCAGUUGUUACUGUUUGAGUUGCUUGCUAGGAUAGUGUCUUUUCGGAAUUUGCUUGUUUAGUGGUUGGACUCUAUCAAAUGGGAUUUUCUGGUGAAAAAGAAAAUAUAUAUCAGAUUUGUGAAGCUACCUAGUUUUCAUUUGAUACUGGAUCUUCAUUUCUCUC